AUGAAAAUUGCAACGUUUCUGGUCGGCUUCGGCGCCGCCCUUAUCACUGCCUACGUGGUAGAUAGGCUCCUCCGAUCAAGGAAGAAUGCAAACCGCCUCCCUCUUCCGCCCGGCCCAAAGCCGCUCCCCUUUGUGGGAAACAUACGGGACCUGCCUAAGAGAGGCACUUUUGGAGCGCACCACUGGGUGAAAUUUAAGGAUCUGUACGGCCCAAUCAGCUCGGUUCAGGUCAUGGGCAAAACAAUCAUCGUUGUCAAUGACGCUGAUAUGGCUUCUGAGAUAUUUGAGAAGCGAUCUACCACGUUUUCGUCGAGAGCAAAAUUGACAGUUGCAGGUGAUCUGGUUGGAUGGAAAGAUUCUACCGGCGGCUUGCCGUAUAACAACACAUGGCGCGUCCACCGGAAACACAUGGCUCGUAUCAUUGGCUCUAAAACGUCUACGGCGCAAUAUGAUAAGUUGCAAGAGGAAGAGGCGGGCCAUUUUCUGUUACAUCUACUGGAAAGCCCCCAGAAUCUCGAAGAUCACAUAAAAAGGUUGGUGAACGCUGACCCGAUUUUUGGCUCAAUUAUUCUCAGCAUGGUCUUUGGCUAUAAUACGGAACAAUUCAAGAAAGAUGGUCUUUUGGAUCUGAUGAACAAGGUGAUGGAUGAUUUCACUCGGAUAGCUACGAUUGGUACCUACAUGGUCGAUAUAUUCCCCUUGCUAAGAUAUGUACCCGAAUGGUUCCCUGGCACCGGCUGGAAGCAAGAGGCUAAACAGUACGCCGAGGAAUACAUGGCGACCGUCGAGAAGCCGUACAGGUUUGUGCAACAUCAGAUGGCCGAGGGCAAAGACGACCAGUCGUACCUCUCGCGUCUCCUAUCAGCAACUGGAGAUGAACCGGACGAUACAUAUGAUGUUAAAAUGACUGCCCAAUCUUUAUUCGCGGGUGGAUCAGAUACAAGCGUAUCGGCACUAUACAGUUUCUUUUUGGCCAUGACGCUCUACCCCGACAUUCAGAAAAAGGCACAAGCGGAAAUCGAUCGCGUAAUAGGUAGUGAGCGACUGCCUAAUCUAGACGACCGUGAAAACCUGCCUUACAUUGAGGCUCUCUUGUCGGAGGUCUUCCGCUGGCACCCCAUUGCCCCCAUGGGUAUCGGUCAUGCCAGUUCAGAAGACGCUACCUUUAAUGGCUACUUUAUUCCGGCCGGGGCGAUAGUAGUUGGAAAUAUCUGGUGGUUUACACAUGAUCCUGCCGUCUAUAAGGAUCCUAUGGAAUUUCGACCAGAAAGAUACGUGGACGGUCAAGGUCACGAGCCGGAGACUGAUCCACGAAAGUAUGUGUUUGGCUUCGGCAGACGGAUCUGCCCGGGAAGGCUCUUGGCGGAAAACACAUUAUACCUUACUAUUGUGCAAGUGUUGGCUGUUUUCAACAUUGAGAAGAAGAUCAUUGAUGGAAAGGUUAUCGAACCUGAAGAAAAGUUCUUGCCUGGGUUAAUCAGUCAUCCGGCGCAUUUCGAGACGUCGAUCAAGCCGAGAUCCCCGCAUCACGAGCAGUUGAUCCGCUCCGUCGAACAGGUGUAUCCGUGGAGGAAGUCUCACGCGGAGGUGUUUGAGAAAGUGACCAGCUGA